AUGGAUCUCGUCGCCUACUCCGACUCAGAGGGUUCGGAUGACGAGAAGGCGCCUCCAAAACGCGUCCAACCCGACCCAAAUCCACCCUCUAAAUCCACCUUUGCCGUCAACAAGGCCAAUCCAAGAAAGAUCCAAGUCAGAUUACAGGACACUAAUGGUUCAGAUCUCGAAGAGCCGGCGACCAAAAAGCGUCGGGUCGGAGCUGGUACAUUCAGCGGAUUCAAUGCCAUGUUGCCUGCGCCGAAGAGAGAUGCUGACGCAAAAAUACCUCCAAAGCCUGCGGCAAGGAAAGUCUUCAGUCUGAAAACUGGUGCUGAGCCAGGCUUCAGCCGAGAAGCCGAUGCUGAAUUGCGCAACCUGUUUGCAGAAGACCAGGAAGGGGGCAAGGAGACAGUAGAAGCAGUAUCCACCGAAGCAUCCGUGGUUGAGACACCAAGGCCUGAGCCGCCCAUCAAAGGGAAUGCGUUCAUGUUUAAACCUCUAUCCGUCGCCAGAGGAAAGAAGCAGAAGAAGCCCGCUCUUACUUUUUCAAAACAUGCACCGGCAACUGUUUCGGAAAAGUCCACUGCCUCGUCGGCAAGCGAUACAGUUCCAGGACCCACGUCUCUUCCCGCACCCAAGAAGAUCAGCCUGUUCUCCAUAGGCAAUAGCUCAGAAUCCAAGGACACUAGCGCUGCUGAACCACUGGAGGAAGAAUUAAUAGCGGAGGAAACCAACGAUGUAGACGUGGAUGACCAUCCUGCCGAAGCACCUAGCGCCCUACUCUCCUCGGCAACAGGCGCGCAAUCUCUGCAUUCCAUUGCAUCAGAUCUCAACCUAUCUGAAGCAGACCGAAGGCAGCUCUUUGGUCGAAGGAAAGGCCAGACAUCCGGUUCCGCAAUCAACGUGGUCAACUUCAAUACCGAUCAGGAGUAUGCGGCCAACGAAGUGCUGCGCGCCAGUGGGGAACAGAUUCAGCAUAACCCAGUUCGCGCCAUAGCUCCGGGCAAGCACAGCCUGAAACAGUUGGUCAGCGCUGCCACCGGUCAAAAAGAUGCUCUCGAAGAAAGCUUUGCUACGGGGAGGAAGAACAAAAAGGAAGCCGGAAGCAAAUAUGGAUGGUGA